UAAAGAAAGUUUUCACUAUUAAAAAAAAAAAAGGGUUCUUUAUUACUUUUUUCUUUUCUUAAAAAUUGCUAUCCUUUUAUUUAAUAAUUGAGAAUGCCUCCUACUAAUUCAAAAACAAAACAUCAUUGUCCUUUAUGCAAGAAAUCAUAUAGAACUGGUAUUUGUCCUAAACAUCAAUUAUUUUGUGAAGAACAUCGAUGGACCCAUUUGACAAAUGAAAAAUGUCCUAAAUGCAAGGAAGCGGAUGAAAAGAAAGCAAAAGAACAAGCGGAUAAGGAAAGAAAAGAAAGAGAGGAAAAUAAAAGAAGAGAAGAAGAAAGAAAAGAAAUAGAAAGAAAAGGAAGAGAAAAAAAAGAUGAAAAAGAAAGGAAAAGAAAAGAAAGGGAAGAGAAGGAAGAGAAGGAAGAAAGAGAAAGAAGAGAAAAAGAGUUAAGAAAAGAGGAAAUGGAGAGAAAAGAAAGUGAGUCAAGGAAGAGAGAUGAGAAAGAAAAGGAAGAGAGGGAAGCCAAAGAAAAAGAAAAAAUGGAAAAGGAAACAAAAGCAAAGGAAAGGGAAAAAGUUAAAAAAGAAAUGGAAACGAAGGAAGCAAAAGAGAUAAAGGAGAAAAAGGAAACAAAAGCAAAGGAAAGGGAAAAAGUUAAAAAAGAAAUGGAAACGAAAGAAGCAAAAGAGAUAAAGGAGAAAAAGGAAAUAAAAGAAAUGGAAAGAGAACAAGAAAUAAGUGAAGAAAAAAACGAAAUAGAAAGCGAGAGAGAAGAAAAUAGAGGAGUAGAAAACGGAGAAGAAGAAAACGAGGAAGAAAACGAAGGAGAAGAAAACGAAAAAGAAACCAAACAAGAAAAGGAAAUAGAAGAAAAAACAAAAAAAGUACAAGUAGAGAAAAAGUUUGUAAAAAAAGGUAAAUACGCUUUGGUUUUACUCACCUCAAAAGAUUCAAACAAUUAA